AUGUUAAUUUCAAUUAUUUUGGAAGGACUUCCAAAACAAUUUGAAACUUUUUCUACUAUAGCUAAGUUUAGUAGAGAUGAGAAAAAUUUAGAUGAGUUGAAAAGAGAUUUAGUGAAUUUUGAUAGCGAGAGACAAGUAAUCGAAAAAGAGCAUGCUUUUAAUAGCGAGAACAGAGUUUGUUUCAAGUGUCAUAAAAGAGGACAUGUGUCGAAACAGUGCAGAGAAAACUUAAGCAGCAGACGAGAUAGUGAAGAUAGAGCUCGAAAAAUUCAGUGCUAUGAGUGCAAGGAGUUUGGACAUAUUGCAAAAUAUUGCCAAGCAAAGAAAAAGUUCAUUAGUAAGACUAAACGAGAACAGCAGAACCUAGUAGCUGAAACAGAGGCUCAUUUUAGUUUCCUGAGUGGAGUGUCUCCGGGCGAGGACUUAGUUGUAGACUCUGGAGCUACCAGUAAUAUGAUUAAGGAUCGAGACAUGUUUGUUAGUUUAGAUGAGAACUUCAAAGGAUCGGUUAGCAAUGCAAAUUUCUCUGAAUCAAAAAUUUUAGGGAAAGGUGAAGUUAGAUUCAGAGUAAAAGAUGAGAAAGGCGAGUUUAAGAUGAUUGAGCUGAAGGAUAAUUUGUACGUUCCUGAAAACUCAAGAAGUUUUCUGAGUGUAUCAAAAAUGAAGAUAGCAGGAGCAGAAGGUGUUUUUGGUGCGAGCUCGUUUGUUCGCCAGGGAAAUGGAUCAGUUUACCCAUUAAGAGAGGAAAGUGGUCUCUUUUUAUGGGACACAUUUGUAGGAAAAGAUGAGUGUUAUGUAGUAAGCACACUGAAACAGUGGCAUUGCAGGAUGGGUCAUAAUAACUACAAAGAUUUAGGUCAUUUGGAGCAACAUGUUGAAGGCAUGAAGAUUAGUGAUUUUAAAAUUGAGAAUUGUGAAACUUGUGAGUUGAAUAAAGCAAAAAAGAAGCCAGUCCCGAAAGAUUCUUAUACCAGGGCAACCAGGACACCAGAUUUUGUUCACGCAGAUAUUUUAGGCCCGCUAGCAGAGGAUGGACAUAGAUAUGCUAUCGGUUUUGUGGACAGUUUUUCUAGAUAUCUGAAAAUUUAUUUCAUGAAGACGAGAGAUGAGGCAACAGAAAAGUUGGAAAAGUUCAUUGCAGACAUAGGAGUCCCUCAGACUUUAGUUUCAGACGGCGCAGGAGAAUAG